CCAUCAUCAACCAAACAACAAACUAUAUUCCAAUAACUCUUAAUCUUUUCAUACUUCUUUAGAAGCUUCAAAAAGGAUUCAAACUUUCAGACAAAGAAACUAGAAAUGGCUUUCAUGAGAAAUCUAUUGGGUGCAAAGAAGAUUCUUGGCCGCUCAGCAACAGCAGCAGCCUCCACAAGCCAAAGGGCAACCUCGGCGGCACCAAAAGGGUUUCUUGCGGUGUACGUAGGAGAGAGUCAGAAGAAGAGAUAUGUGGUGCCAGUCUCAUACUUGAGCCAGCCUUCCUUUCAAGCUCUUCUAAGCAAAUCUGAAGAAGAGUUCGGGUUCGAUCAUCCAAUGGGUGGCUUAACUAUCCCAUGUCCUGAAGAUAUCUUCAUCAAUGUGACUUCCCGACUUCAGUGAUGAUUAUCCAACAUAUUGUUCUUCGAGAUAGAAAUAGAGAUAGACUUGUUCGUUGUAAAUAGAGGAGAAACAUUUUUCUCUUUCAUCUUUGAAAGAGUAGUUCUAAAAGUUUUGAAAAGUAAAUACCAUUCUUCAGUUAUAAGGCACAAUCAUGAUUCAUGUUAAAUUAAUACACUUUCGAUUGAUCAUUGAAAAAGAAAUGACAACACCAAGUAAAGAACUAUAUAGAUUUUGUACUUUGGUUGCCAUUAAUAAAUUAAAUGAGCAUUUUCAUA